AUGCCAGGAGAAUCAGAUUCGUUGGAGUCGACUAUUGGCAAAGGCCACCUUUCCGAACCGACUCCAACCACCACCAGUAUUCGAAGUAUACACUCAGCUGGUGACUCAUUUACACAUCCUGCUGACUUCUGGCUGCAAUCAGCAGACUUCUAUCAUGGCUACCUUCCAAGGGAAGAUAUACCUCCACUUCUACUAAAAAAUGGAGAUUUUCUUGUACGUUUGAGCGAGGUGGAAAACAUUCGUGUAAAUCACAACCGAUAA